AUGCGUUUCACAUCCAUUUGCAGCUUGAUUCUGACCUGUGUCUGUUGUGUUUCCGCAACCAUUUUCCAGAACAGUCAAGAAAGAAUCACGAAUUACCCGAACACUGUUAUCGAUACUGUCGGGUAUCAGUUUCAGAAGUAUUCUCCGGAUGCUCCUGAGUUAUCAUACAAAGGACGAUGGGAUUCGAAGCAUCUCAGCUGGUGGUCGGCGCCUGGGCUGAAAUUUGGGUUCACCGGAAAACAAGUUGCUAUCACAUUUGGACUCCUGACGACCGAUAAAACUCUCAUUGCAUAUCGCAUUGAUGGCCAAGAUUGGCAGCUCACCAACGUUACCACUGGCGCGACACAUUUACUUGUCAGUCCAAGUACGCCGGGCAUCGACCUCACUGGCCCCAUUAGUCCAAGUACUUUUGAGAUGCGAGUUACGAAUUGGGCAUAUGGAGUUCAAAUUGAUUCAGUUUAUGUUACAAAAGGGGAUAAGUUGAUUGAGCUUCCGAACUUUGGAAGGUCAAUUGAGAUCAUUGGAGAUUCGCUUUCUUCUGGCUACAGUGCAACACUCGAAGGGGUGUCAAGCUAUGCAUAUGGCCUAGCGGCGGGUCUCGGGGAUACUGAGUAUUCCAUCACUGCUUACCCAGGUAUAUGCGCCUUUGACAAAGUGUGCUGGGGAAACCGGAGAGGCAUGUUCUAUCAAUGGUGGUAUACCUCAGACGUCAGCCCAAGAGCCAGUGAAAUAUACGGCGACAAACCAGAGCGGUGGAACUUCUCCAAGAAUGCGGCGCCGGAUAUCGUGGUGGUAAACCUCGGCACAAAUGAUGCUAACGCGGCCAACAAUGUGACUUCAGAGGGUUAUGUUGCACAGUAUACCAUGCUCGUUCAGGGUGUCCAUGCCGUCUGGCCAAAGGCUCAAAUCAUUCUCAUUUCUUUGUGGAAUGGCUUUGAUGCUGUCGGCAAUACGUACGCACAAGGUAGCGCCUGGAAGUCCGAAAUCUACUCAAUCUACGAAUAUUUCAAUUCUCCUUCAUACCUCGAGAACCCCGUACUCUAUGACCCAGUUAAGAACGUCACUUAUAACGCCAAUGAGCCAAGCUCUCCCUUUGUCCACUACUUCAACACUACAGGCAUAAUGCAGCACAAUGAUAUCGGCCCAAAAUGGCAUCCCACAGAUGUCGGAAACAUCAAGCUUGCAAGCCAUCUAAUCCAAUAUAUUAAGAUGAAGUUUAACUGGAUUCUGUAUUCCACAGGCCCGGAGGUGUACCACCAGACGCUGUACUGGAAUGAUCAAGAUACCUACUAA